ACUUCAACAUGCUCAGCUUGGAAUUGAGACUGGGAAUCACCCUGUGGCUGGUCUGGACGACGGCAUCCCAGAAUAUUACGGAUGGCGACAAGGAUGGCCGCAUUGUCGGAGGCUGGGAGACGCACAUUACCUUCUUUCCGCACCAAGUAUCACUGCAGUUGGGCACUCGCCACGCCUGCGGCGGAACCAUUUUAUCCCCGACCAUCAUUCUGACUGCUGCGCACUGUGUCCUAGAGUACAGCAAGCCGCAGUACUAUGUAAUCCGUGCUGGAACAAGUGAGUGGGCUCAAGGUGGAAGCUAUAUCCGAGUUCGUCGCAUCAUUCCGCAUCCAAAGUUCCAUGAUCCCACGCGAAUGAACAACGACAUAGCUCUGGUACAGCUGAAGCAUCCUCUGGUCUACAGUCGCGAAAUCCAACCCAUAUCCCUGGUCACCAAGGAGGACAGUAUACAGCCAAAGGCUCAGCUCUUUGUCAGCGGCUGGGGCAGUUUGUCAAUCUCACAAAUGCAGCCGGAGAAGCGUCUCCGCUACACGGUUGUCCAGCAGAGGGAUCAGGAGCAGUGCGCCCGAAACUAUUUUGGAGCUGGCACAGUGACCAGCACCAUGUUCUGUGCGGGCACUCAGUUCGGAGGCAGAGACAGUUGCCAGGGAGAUUCCGGCGGACCAGUGGUCACCUCCAUCGAGGGACGCAUGAAGCUCUACGGCAUAGUAUCCUGGGGUUUUGGUUGCGCCAAUGCCUUCUAUCCAGGAGUUUACACCAAAGUCUCGGAGUACGGCGACUGGGUGGCUCAGACAUUGAAAGAGCUGGAUUAGCUUAGCUUUCCCAGUUAAAUUUUAGACAGAAUAGACCGGACCCCACGCUAUAUGCCUAAGUUAUUACCCAUGUUGUAUAGUUCCUAUAAAAUAGUUAUCCUAGGACUUAAGACUUUUCUCCGCUGUAAAUGAACUUUUCCUAGUGCUAAUAACUUGCAAAUUGCCAAGUUCAAGUGACUAAUCCCUAACAUUAAAUGUUACUUAUCGAAAAACAA